AUGGCUCCUAAGCGACGCAGUCCGUCUCCGACUCCUUCCAGCGCACCUUCAACUCCCAAGAAGGGCAAGGCUGCCCCAGCAUCCUGGACUGAGCAAGAAGGUGAGCUUCAAACUGCAUCCUGCAACAGAGAGAAGUAUGCGGUGCAAGAGUUUGCAUGCUUACAAUAGACACGGAUCUUGCUCCGCCAAUAGACCAGCAUUUGCUUCUUGCCCUUUUGGUUUCGGAUGGCAACAUGCCAGUACUCAAUGAUCAGAAAAGAGCUGCAAUGACACUCGUUUCGAAGCGCAGCGAGGAAGCUGUCAAAGUGAGUCGCGUAUCAGAAGGGGUGACAGCUUUUCUGGAGCAUUGCUGACAAAAGCUUGCGCCUCUUUGGGCAUCACCAGCACCGUUGGAAGAAAGUGCUCAGACCUGCUUUGCAGAAGGUCAUCGAUGAGAUCGAGAAUGCCAGCAAGAGUAAAAAUAUCGAUGCAGCCUAG